AUGUUGAUGAUUGCUGCAACUCAUGCGCUGCUGAGCUUGGGAACGGCUCAGCACCCCGCGCCCCGCGGGCUUCUUACGACCAUGCUCGCUUCUCGAAUGCUGAAUAGCCUUGGCUCCAGACUCGGCUGCUGCCGCAGGCACUCUGGAGACUGUUGGGUCUCCGAGCUCUGCUACGCACUUGUCAGAGGUCCUUCAGCUGCCUCUGCACUAUCACUAUCACGCAUUGACGAUCAUUGGCGCAUGCCGCAGCCUGAGGAGAGACGCUGUGCAGGACAGAUGCUGUUUCACAUGUUUCACUGCAGUGUAUUAAAGCAUCACAUCAAGUGCCCGACUAGCUACCGAACUGGAUUCGGGAAUUCGGGACAGUAG